CGCACUAGUAUUAUAGUAGUGUAUAGUACUAAUUCGGUGUCAUAUUGGGAUAUUUGGGAAUUGAUCAUGUAGGAGAACGAAAGUGCGACUCCAGCAAACCAACUUCCUGAUCCCGAGAGAGUGAGAAAGUUAUUGAAGAGCCAAGAUCAAUGGACGGCGUAGUAGUUGGCGCCGGCGGUGGCGGUGGAACAACGUUAUCGGAGGUGUAUCAAAAUGCGAAGAGAUUACAAUUGAAGAUCAGAGACUCCCUUGAGAGACUUGAACGCCUCGAAUCAUCCACCUCCUCUGCAUCCGCCGCCUCACCGGAGUUCGCUUUUGAUGUCAAGAAGGACAUAUCUCAAUUGCAUUCUCUUUGUUCGGAUAUGGAUCAUCUUUGGCGAUCCGUUGCCGUAAGAUCUCAGCGCGAUCUUUGGAAAAGAAAGGUUGAACAAGUUGCUGAAGAGGCAUAUUCACUGAAAGAAAGUUUAGAUAAGUACUUUAUGAGGAACCAAAGGCGGAUGCAGGAAGCAAAAGAGAGGGCUGAAUUGCUGGGAGGAGCUAAUGGGGAAUCUUCUCAUGUUCUAAGAAUCUUUGACGACGAAGCACGAGCAAUGCAGUCAGCUCGCAAUUCUUCAAGGAUGUUAGAAGAUGCUUAUUCAACUGGGGUGGCCAUCCUUUCAAAGUUUUCAGAGCAAAGAGAAAGCAUGAAGAGUGCACAACGCAAGUUACUUGACGUCCUGAAUACAGUGGGGCUCUCCAACUCUGUGCUAAGGUUGAUUGAGAGGCGGAACCGUGUAGAUACUUGGAUAAAAUUUGCUGGCAUGAUCCUCACUUUUGUCGUCUUGAUUGUAUUGUGGAGGUGGAAACACUAACAAACCCCAUUGCUGUCUAAACCUGUCUCUUUGUAGAGUCCUUGCAAAACAACUCGGUUUCGUGCAUAGGGUAAAAAACAGGUAUGCUUCACGGUUAGUAUCACAAUUGUUGGAUAGUGAAUGAUUAUUGUAAAAAGAUUGGUCUUUAGCAGAGAAAAGUUCUCAGUAUUAUGAGCUUUAGAUAGUCUACGGAAAUGUAAAUACUGUUAUACUUUGUUUUAGGGUUCUUUUAAAGGAAACGGCACUACAAAACAUUUCUUGUACGUUAUUUUAUUGUAGUUAUUUGGAGUGUCAUUUUGUUUGCUAA